AUGCAUACAGAAGAAGCAAGGAAUACAGCAAAAGAAGAGGGAAGCAAAAUAAACGACGCUCGUGACGUAGUCGUGCGCAGAGCCGAACGAGAGAACACCGAAGGAACGAGGGCAGACAUCUUCGCAAGGGAGGAAGCUUUCGAGGGGGAUGUCAUGGGGGGAAAACAAGCCAAGGCCCGCAUAUGGUUUCGUCCUUAUACCGUCAACGAGACCAGCCCCAUGGCUGGGCGCCAAGCUCAGACCGAUAUGACCUACUACAAACACAACAACAGAGGACCGCUGCGUGCUAUGCACGAUACCCUGACUGGUAACGAGGACACCAUUGUAGGACUCAAGCGUUCUGAUACUAUACAGGCUUAUCUUGACAACGAUGAUCACAUACUUUUGGAAAAGUUCCAAAGACUUGCACAUGUCCGUUCAGCGCUUAAUUGGUCCAAGACAGCCAUGCUUGUCACUGACUAUUUUGCGUUGUCAAAUUGUUAG